AUGGUGUCAGAGACUGAUCAGAAGGAUAUUACAGGGACCACUUUGCUGACACUGGGAGCAAGACACUGGUGCAUUUCACAUAAGCAGUUCUGGAUCACAGAGCCAAAAUGCAAGACAAAAGUCUACCCUGAUGAACUUCCAAACACAAGUGUAGUAAUAGUGUUUCAUAAUGAAGCCUGGAGCACUCUACUCAGAACUGUUUAUAGUGUAAUCAAUCGGUCCCCACACUAUCUACUCUCUGAAAUCAUCUUGGUAGAUGAUGCUAGUGAAAGAGAUUUUCUCAAGAUGACAUUAGAGAAUUAUGUGAAAAAUUUAGAAGUGCCAGUGAAAAUUAUUAGAAUGGAACAGCGAUCUGGACUGAUCCGUGCUCGUCUUCGAGGAGCAGCUGCUUCAAAGGGCCAGGUCAUAACUUUUCUAGAUGCACACUGCGAAUGCACAUUAGGCUGGCUGGAGCCCUUGCUGGCAAGAAUAAAGGAAAAUAGAAAAACUGUUGUCUGCCCCAUCAUUGAUUUGAUUAGUGAUGAUAACUUUGAAUACACAGCUGGUUCAGACAUGACAUAUGGAGGUUUUAACUGGAAACUUAAUUUUCGCUGGUAUCCUGUUCCCCAAAGAGAGAUGGACAGAAGAAAAGGAGACAGAACUUUGCCUGUCAGGACCCCUACUAUGGCUGGCGGCCUAUUUUCGAUUGACAGAAACUACUUUGAAGAGAUAGGAGCUUACGAUGCAGGAAUGGAUAUCUGGGGUGGAGAGAAUCUUGAAAUGUCUUUUAGGAUUUGGCAGUGUGGUGGAUCAUUAGAAAUUGUAACCUGUUCUCAUGUGGGUCAUGUGUUUCGCAAGGCAACCCCAUAUACAUUUCCAGGGGGCACUGGUCAUGUCAUCAACAAGAAUAAUAGGAGACUAGCAGAAGUCUGGAUGGAUGAAUUUAAAGAUUUCUUCUAUAUCAUAUCCCCAGGUGUUGUCAAAGUGGAUUAUGGAGAUGUAUCGGUCAGAAAAGCACUAAGAGAAAAUUUGAAGUGUAAGCCAUUUUCUUGGUACCUAGAAAACAUUUACCCAGACUCCCAGAUUCCAAGACGGUAUUACUCACUUGGUGAGAUAAGAAAUGUUGAAACCAACCAGUGUUUAGACAACAUGGGCCGCAAAGACAAUGAAAAAGUGGGCAUGUUCAAUUGUCAUGGAAUGGGAGGAAAUCAGGUAUUUUCAUACACUGCUGAAAAGGAAAUUCGUACUGAUGAUUUCUGCUUAGAUGUUUCUAGACUCAGUGGGCCUGUCAUCAUGUUAAAGUGUCACCACAUGAGAGGAAAUCAGCUCUGGGAAUAUGAUGCUGAGAAACUCACAUUGAGACACAUCAACAGCAACCAGUGUCUUGAUGAGCCUUCAGAAGAUGACAAAAUGGUACCUACCAUGAAGGACUGCAACGGAAGCCGAUCCCAACAGUGGCUCCUCCGCAACAUGACCUUGAGUGCCUGAAGUCAGAAGAGUGUCACUGUGUUUCCUUAAGACCAUUGACACUUUUAUCUAUAAUUUCAGUCAGGUGAAGUCAUUAUUCACUUGGGAAAUGAAAAACUUAAAAGCCCUUUGCUAUGACCACGCAUGGGGUUUUAUAUUUGUUUCCCCUGCUCUGGGCAGAUUUGCUGUAUCCCCCUAUGAAAUUUUUAUAUCUGUUCAAAGGAAGCACACUUUAGAAGCUAUAAAGAUCAUAGAUGCUA